AUGUCUCAAAAGCUGCCUCGUCUCAUCACCCUGGAAGAACACUGGGUAUCGCCUACUCUUGCUUCUUCGCCUCGCUUUCAGGGGCUCUACAAGUCCUUAUUCCAACGAGAUCCUUCUUUGGCAGCGCAUCUACAAGAUGUGUCCGCCGGCCGUAUUGCAUCUAUGAACCGACAUUCGAUCGACGUCCAAGUGGUCUCUCACUCACCGGGACUACGAACUCUGAACGAGUGCCGUUCAGCUAAUGACGAUCUCUACAAAGCUAUUUGUGCGCAUUCUGAUCGCAUUGCCGGAUUUGCCGUGCUGCCCGUUGCCGAACCAGCCUUUUGCGGUGAAGAGUUGAGACGUUGCGUUGAGGAGUUGGGUUUCAAAGGCGCCCUCAUUGAUCAUCAGACUUGGAAGGGUACUUAUUACACAGGCCCAGAGUACAACUCCAUGUGGGAGACAUUCGAGAAGCUCGAUGUGCCCUGCUAUAUGCACCCAACUUGGCUUGCAGAGCACCAAAUACAAGCACUCGUUCCGAGCGAAGAAGUAUCAAAGCCAGCUCAGAAAGCCAUUACAGGUUCCUCUUGGGGUUGGCAUACGGACACUGGAUCCCACGUCCUGCAGCUACAUGCCGCGGGUGUGUUUGAUCGUUUUCCGAAUUUGAAGCUGGUGCUAGGUCAUUUCGGAGAAAUGCUUCCUUUCAUGCUGGACCGAAUUGAGGCGUUCAGUUCUCGAUACGGCGGCUUCAAGAGGAGUUUCAAAGAGAUGUGGCGAGAAAACAUCUGGAUUACUACGAGUGGUGUGUGGAGUCUGGAUCCACUGGCAACCAUUCUCAGAAACACAUCAAUCGAUAGAAUUAUGUUCAGCAUCGAUUAUCCCUAUUCGACGAAUGAGGUAGGGUUGAAAUGGUUCAAAGACCUUGCAGAUAGCGGCUUGGUGAAUGAGGCUGGGCUUCAGAAGAUUGCACAUCUGAACGCCGCCAGGCUGUUAAAGCUUUGA